AUGAGAAUCGCCUCUAUCGUUGUCCUUACGCUAGCAUUGCGAAUUUUUGCUCAGAGCACUGGUACUGAAUCCAAUAACGGUUCCAACUUGAGCACUAGUUCAACCACCGAGUCUGACACCCUUGUAUCUGUUGCACCCACAACCACUAUAUCCGAGCCCGAAAACUCCGGAACCACAACAACCACUUCGACCACUGAAUCUCCAACCGCAACGGCCCCCCUCCUGUUGGAGGCGGUGCGACGUGUGUUCAAUCAUGCUUGGCCAAGGCUGCAACUCAGGUUGGAUGUAAAAACCUUGUGGAUGUUCCUUGCGUUUGUCAAAGCCUAUAUGAGUACAGCCCAAAUUUGCUUCAAUGAUUCUUUCUGUCAGAAUGCUGAUGUUCAAAAUGCAAUCGAGGAUUAUGGAACCGUAUGUAGGAAUGGGAACCAAAACUCCGGAACCGAAACAUCGCCUCGUUCCACAAGUCCAACUCCGUCGAGGACUAGGUCCCGUUCUGACGGCCUCACCUCUGCCACCACCCAGACCUUUGUUGUGACUUCCGGUGCAGUGCUAACUCUCUCCGGGGGUUCGACUACAAGAAUCGUGUCCGAUUUUACGACGACUCGUACUGGCCAAGUGGGAGAUUUCGCAACAGAUAGUACCCUGUUCAGGGGACAGAAACAUCCAGACCCACGAGUAACUACGCCACUUCAGUUCAUCUCAUAG